GUCGGGAGCCCGGCAGCCCGGCAGGAAGGUCGAUGCCCGGGAGCACGGAGACGCCUUCCUUCCCGGCGGGCUAGCGGGCAAGGUGUCGAGACAGCCGCACCUGGCUCGUCCUGCUGCCACCACGGCGAGCAAGCGGCGGUGUCCGGGUCCAGGCACUUCCAGAAUGUUGCCCGGCUCCAGAGCUGUGCUCGCCCCAAGCUGGAGCAGAGUCUGCUGGGCACAGGGCCCCUCGCGCUCCCAGAGAGAGGCCAGGGCACCGGCGAGGGCCAGAGCUCCCGGCUUGUUCUCCAAAGCAGCCUGGGGAGUGAGGGCCACUGCAGUGGUCACACAGCUUCCCGUGAUGUGGGCGGUGACCAUAUCUCUUUGCAGCUUUUGGCUAUGGAAAGGGCAAAUGUACUAAGCAAGGUCCAUCAGGAGCCCACCAGACACGUUUUGGAGGUAGAGUAGUUCGGUGAUCCACGCGCUUUCUGGUCACACACCACACAGUGCCAGGCACACGUCCAGCCACAUGGCUGCCAGUCUGACAAGAUCUCAGGGCUGUGCCUGGACCCCAAAAGAGCAGAUACAGGUAGAAUCCCAAAGGUUCCACUCGACCCUGGAGGUGAAUAGGGAAUGAGAACCUUACACAUGAGGGACAUGAGGGAGGUGGAAAGUCCCCCUGAGAGGGUGAGGAGAUAGCAGGGUGGGGUGACAGCAGCCCCCUACACGUGGGCUAGCACCAGGGAGAGGCUCCAGGAAGGGCUGGGCCGCAGGAAAGUGUGGCAGUCAGGUGCGGAGGGUGGGGAAUGUGAACUGGGUGAGAAGAUCAGGACUGAUGUGAGCAGUUCCCAAGCUCAGCAACCCCUGAGAAGCUUGAAGCCCCAAGUGCAGAUCCCCCUUCCCCUGUUACUGAGCUUGCUUUGUCGCACCACGUCAUAAAGAUCCUGGAGUGACGUGGGGGUGUGGCUCAGACAGAGCCCUUGCCCAGCGAGUGAGGCCCUGGGUUCCAGCACCAGAAUGACUCCAGGGGUUCCUAGGGGCCCAGAGGAUGACAAACCUGAAGACCUUGAAGACGCAAAUCCAUUCUCCUUUAAAGAGUUUCUGAAAACUAAGAACCUCAGCCUGUCAAAAGAUGACAUGAGCAACACUAGAGUUUACCCAAAGGAAGCCUCAAGGCGCUCCCUGGUGUUGGACCCCGGCUCCCCGACCGGCCAAGCUAUGGGCUUCAGCCUAGACUAUCAGCAGCCGUUCUUUGAAGACCUGACUGGGGCAGGUGACCUCCUGGAUGAGGAUGAAGACAAGGAGGAUGGGUGGAAUGGGGCCUAUCUGCCAUCUGCUGUGGAGCAGACCCACUCUUCCCGAGCCACCACCAGCACAUCCCCCUGUGGCACCUACCUGUCCUUCUCCACCGCAUCGGAGCUGGCAGGGCCCGAGUCUCUGCUCCUGUGGACAGCGAGUGACACAGACUCGCGCGUGUCCCCAGCAUCCCCGUCUGGGAGUCCAGACAUGGACUUCGAGGCCCGAGGAGAGUCCCUGGGAGACAGACAGCUGCAGACGCUGCAGAUAAGUUACGAAGCACUGAAAGAUGAAAAUUCUAAGCUAAGAAGAAAGCUGAAUGAGGUUCAGAGCUUCUCUGAAACUCAAACUGAAAUGGUGAGGACGCUUGAGCGGAAGCUGGAAGCGAAGAUGAUCAAGGAGGAGAGCGACUACCAUGACCUGGAAUCGGUGGUGCAGCAGGUGGAGCAGAACCUGGAGCUAAUGACCAAACGGGCGGUGAAGGCAGAAAAUCAUGUCAUGAAGCUGAAACAGGAAGUGAGCUUGCUCCAGGCACAGGUCUCCAACUUCAAGCGGGAGAACGAAGCCCUGCGGUCGGGCCAGGGCGCCAGCCUGACAGUGGUGAAGCAGAACACCGACCUGGCCCUCCAGAACCUCCGCAUGGUCGUGAGCAGCGCACACACAUCUAUAAAGCAGCUGGUUUCCGGAGCAGAAACGUUGAAUCUUGUUGCUGAAAUCCUUAAAUCUAUAGACAGAAUUUCUGAGAUUAAAGACAAGGAGGAGAACUCCUGAGCACCACUGGGUACUCUCAGCUCCCGGCUCUGUUCACCCGGAUGACCGUCACUCAUCUGAGCAUGCAGCUGCGCCCCAGCUAUGCAUCCUGCACUGAGUCGAGUGCUUAUCACAAGACCUAACGCAGUGUUGUCGGUCACCGCUGUAGGAGCGGCACCUGUGUGUCGCACCAGUGGUUUAUAAACGGUCCUUGGUGAAAUUCUGCAUUAUAGAUUCAAUAAUCUACUGGGAGGAACUUUUAUACAAUCUAGUGGUUUGGAAAAAGAACACUAAUCAGCCACUGCACUAAAUAGCUCCAUCAUCACCUCAGAACGCGUAGCACUGCAGGGCACCCUCAGUGGGUCCUGCUUGGUGCUGCGAGUUGACCCCUAGUGGCCGGGAUGUGUACUCAUGCCUUUUGCUGUUGCUCAGUCCCCCAGGGCUGACAGCUCACACUGAGGCCUUGGCAGGGCAGCCUCUGUGCUCAGUGGGCUAAGUGUGGAGGCACCGCCUGGUGGAUGUUGCCACCCUCCCACUCGGAUUCGGGGGGCCCAGGCCACACAUUCCAUGUUAGGGAGCCAUCUGCCCUCAGCUUGAAAAGCCGUUUUUGGCUGGAGGGUUUGGUCUACUUUUCAAGUGACAUUUUGUACAGUGAUGUGUAGGAUUCAGGAAUGUAGUGUGCAGAGCUUCCUGGUGGCACAAGGCCUGGGGGCUAUCCUCUUUCCUGCCUGGAGAGGGACAGCAGGGACCCUAUGCUUUGUUAGCUAUUUUCCUAUACAUGGUUUUGUUUUAAUAUGUUUAAUCCUAUAGCAUUCUUGUUUAAAUAAAUCCUGAAUCUCACA